AUGGGCACAUGCUUCUCAGUACUGAUUCGUAUGGAAUUAGCACGACCCGGCGAUCAAAUUCUUGGUGGGAAUCAUCAACUUUAUAAUGUUUUAAUAACGGCUCACGCUUUUUUAAUGAUAUUUUUUAUGGUUAUGCCGGCGAUGAUAGGUGGAUCUGGUAAUUGGUCUGUUCCGAUUCUGAUAGGUGCACGUGACAUGGCAUUUCCACGAUUAAAUAAUAUUUCAUUCUGGUUGUUGCCACCAAGUCUCUUGCUCCUAUUAAGCCCAGCCUUAGUAGAAGUGGGUAGUGGCACCGGGUGGACGGUCUAUCCACCCUUAAGUGGUAUUACCAGCCAUUCUGGAGGAGCAGUUGAUUCAGCAAUUUCUAGUCCUCAUCUAUCUGGUAUUUCAUCCAUUUUAGGUUCUAUCAAUUUUAUAACAACUAUCUCCAACAUGCGUGGACCUGGAAUGACUAUGCAUAGAUCACCCCUAUUUGUGUGGUCCGUUCUAGUGACAGUAUUCCCACUUUUAUUAUCACUUCCGAUACUGGCAGGGGUAAUUACCAUGUUAUUAACCGAUCGAAACCUUAAUACAACCUUUUCUGAUCCCACUGGAGGGGGAGACCCCAUAUUAUACCAGCAUCUCUUUCGGUUCUUCGGUCAUCCAGAGGUGUAUAUUCCCAUUCUGCCUGGAUCCGGUAUCAUAAGUCAUAUCGUUUCUACUUUUUUGGGAAAACCGGUCUUCGGGUAUCUAGGCAUGGUUUAUGCCAUGAUCAGUAUAGGUGUUCCUGGAUCUCUUGUUUGGGCUCAUCAUAUGUUUACUGUGGGCUUAGACGUUGAUACCCGUGCCUACUUCACCGCAGCUACCAUGAUCAUAGCUGUCCCCACUGGAAUCAAAAUCUUUAGUUGGAUCGCUACCAUGUGGGGGGGGGGGGGGUUCGAUACAAUACAAACACCCAUGUUAUUUGCUGUACGGUCCAUAUUUUUGUUCACCAUAGGGGGACUCACUGGAAUCGUUCCGGCAAAUUCUGGGCUAGACAUUGCUCUACAUGAUACUUAUUAUGUGGUUGCACAUUUCCAUUAUGUACUUUCUAUGGGAGCCGUUUUUGCUUUAUUUGCAGAAUUUCACUAUUGGGUAGGUAAAAUCUUUGGUCGAACAUAUCCUGAAACUUUAGGUCAAAUCCAUUUUUGGAUCACUUUUUUCGGGGUUAAUCCAACCUUCUUUCCCAUGCAUUUCUUAGGGCUUUCGGUUGGGAUUUGUCGUUUCUUCAUGGUCGUAACAAUCACUUCAAGCAGUGGAAACAACAAAAGAUGCGCUCCAAGUCCUUGGGCUGUUGAACAGAAUCCAACCACACCGGAAUGGAUGGUACAAAGUCCUCCAGCUUUUCAUACUUUUGGAGAACUUCCAGCUAUCAAGGAGACGAAAAGCUCUGUGAAGUAA